CAGGUGUUCCAAUCCCCUCCCAAUCAUGUGAUUCAGGUGUUCCAAUCCCCUCUAAAAUCAUGUGAUUCAGGUGUUCCAAUCCCCUCCCAAUCAUGUGAUUCAGGUGUUCCAAUCCCCUCCCAAUCAUGUGAUACAGGUGUUCCAAUCCCCUCCCAAUCAUGUGAUUCAGGUGUUCCAAUCCCCUCCCAAUCACAUGAUUCAGGUGUUCCAUUCCCCUCCAAUCAUGUGAAUUCAGGUGUUUCCAAUCCCCUCCAAUCAUUGUUAUUCAGGUGUUCCAAU